AACUGUUAAUAAUAGUGAAGUAUAAAUUUAACAGCUAUUAAGAAAUCAUGGGAAACACGGUAUCACAGAUGAUUCCAUUGUCGUAUCAAAAAGGAACUGCUGUUGCAUUUGCUGUUGGUUUAACUGCAGUUGCUCAUUAUGUUCCAUCAGAAGAAGAAGGAGUGAUGAUGUCAUUGUCCAAUCUCGCCUAUCUUGGGUCUUUUUCGCUGUGGUUUGGAAUGCAGUUCUGGGUCACUUUUGUUGCUGGUCUAACAAAGUUAAAGAUUUUGCCAAGACAUUGGUUUGGAAAAGUCCAAACUGCUUUAUUUCAUAAGUUUAUGAUGGGUGGGAUUCUUUUGAAUGGUACAAUGUUAUCCACAUUUAUAAUAAGACAUCCAUUUGAUACUUGGAAAGAUGACACUUUGUAUAUGGGGAGUGGAUUGAUAUUCAGCAACAUAAUGGCAGGUAUCAGUGGCCUUCUGAUAGAACCCAGGGUUGCGAAACAUGUUGAAGACAUGCACAAGUACGAGAAAGAAGAGGGGUAUGGUGACGAGAUUGGUCCAAUCAAGAGUGGCGCAAUUCUGGAGGAUCCGAAAUACCAAGAAAUGAAGAGCACGUUUUUUAAGAUGCAUGGAAUUUCGACUGUAUUGAAUUUGGUCGGGUUCGUUGUGUCUGGUGCUCACUUGUGGUUUUUGGCGAGAAAGUUGCAUGUUUAAAUUUCCAAUAAAUUUCAUGCUUUACACAUGGUUCCUACUUUAUUAUCGUUGUCUUGUUUCAUUGUAGCAACUUUUUAGAUUUUUGUUUUGUUGUUUAUUUGAUUUUAUUUGGAUUUACAUGCCACAAUGCAUUGAUUAAGUAAAUAUUCACUAUUCGCAAGAGCAGCUCCUUUUAUGUAUUGAGGUUGUUGUCACUGUAAUAAGGACUCAAUCAUAACGGUCACCCUUUUUCUUAAAGACCUGGUGAUAAUGGUCAAAUUUGUUAGGUGCAUUGUGGCAUGCGAAGUAUCGGAUAUUUUGGCUUUCCUUUUCCACGGCGUGAUUUCUUUUCAAUUUGUUAUUUUCUUAAAAUAGAUUUAUUAUUUAGAUUAUAUUCGAUUUUUAUUUAUACAUUUUUUUAAGUUUAAGCAAAAACAUUUAGCUGUAAGGUAUAAUUAAUGAAAACGUUUUUGGCUUUAAAAUGCAGGUCAUUUUAGCUGACUACAGAUUUGAACUGAAAGUUAUUAAGUUUCAGUUCAUUUAGUUUCUAACAGGGUUACUUUCCUUGAGAUUAUUUUAAUAUUCUCUUAAAUUUUUUGUCAAAACAAGAAGUAAUGAGCAAGAAAGGCCGUCAAGUUUUGUAUUUUAUAUUGCUUAGAAAUUAUUUAAACUGGUCAAUUUUUCUGUUUUGUUAGAAAUUUAGGACACUGUUUUAAUAAUUUAAAAGAUUCCAUUGUUGAUGCAAACACAAACUAAAAAAUUUUCAGUUUUAACUGCAACUGAAGGAGUUGUUUAAGUAAAAAAGCGAAAUGAUUUCAACAUUCGCAGUACUUUUGCUUUGUAGAUAUUAUGUGUGUAUUCUUCAAGAUUUAGCGUAUUUUUGCAAUCUGUGUGUGUGUGUUCAUCAGCAUGUAUGCGUGUGUGUUUUUAUCAGCAUGUAUGCGUGUGUGUUUUGGAAUGGUAAUGUUUCAUUCUUUAAGAA